ACAACCUGAUUCACCAUUAUAUACUCCUGCACCAAAACGAAAAUGUACAAUGAUUGAUAAUGAACAUUUAAUAUCUGAUCUUAUAGAAAUUGAUCAUUCCGAUUUUGUUAAAUCGCUUCAACUAAUGACACCAAAAUCAACAAUAAGAUCUCGUCAAGCAUCUACAACAUCAUCAUUAAAUACGACUAUUGUUCUUUCACCACCACCACCACCUACCUCACAUAUUCGAAUUCUUCGAUGUCUGGCUAAUACAACUGAUCGAAUAACUGAAGAUAAAAAACUUCGAAUACCAAUAUCAUCAUCAGAUACUAUAACUAAUCUUCGUUAUCAAGUACUUAAACGUUUAUAUGAUAAUUAUAAUAUUUAUGCUUGUUUUGUUAUGCUUUAUGAUAAACAAGAUUGGGAAUUAGGUAUGACAGAAGCUGAUACUAUUCAAAUAGCUAUACCAAUUGAUGAAUCAGAUAUUAAAGCAGUUUAUAUUGAAAAAAAUCCAAUAGUUUCCUAUGAACAAAUUUGUAAAGAAAUGGGUUUAGUUGUUUAUUCAAAUAUUCGAUUAAUAUUAAAAAAAUUUUUUGAUAAAUUUGAAUUAUCAUUACAACGAUUAAAUUUAAAAUUAGAACAAAUUAUUAAUAUAUUAAAAAUAUUCGAAAAUUUUAUGUUUAUUCAUUCAAUUAAUUUAUCAGAAAAUCAAUUAACUGAUGAAAUAUUGGAUCAAUUAGAAAAAUUAACAUUAGAUCAACUAAAAUCAUUAAAUCUAUCGAAAAAUAAAUUUACAUCCAAUGGUAUUCGAAAAUUAUUUGAACAAAAAAUCAUGAAUAAUUUACUUAUACUUGAUUUAUCGGGUAAUACAGAUAUUGAUUGUUAUACAUUGAUGUUUUUACGUACUCAUUUUCCGAACCUUAUUAUUUAUCAUUGA